UCGCACUUACAACCAACCUUAACAAACACCGGUUCGCCAACAAGAGUCCGGAUUUCAUCAUCUAGAAUGAAGACCACCCUAGCGACCCUGACUCUGUGCCUGGUGCUGCUCAUGGCCACAGGCUUCCCAUUCGAGAGGAAAGGGGCCUCGGCAUCCGCCAGUGCCGCCAAGGAGAAGCGUGUGCAGUUUGCCGCCUGGGAUGACGUCAACGUCAUCGCCCACGGCCUCCUGCAGCUGGGCCAGGGCCUCAAGGAGCACGUGGACAAAACCAAAGUCCAGAUGAGGGACAUCUUCACCAAACUCAAGGUCUACAACAGCACCGUCGGCGAGCUGGCAAAGGAAAGCCAGAGGCUGCACGCGGAAGGGGACGCCCUGAAGGCGCGAGCCCGGGGAAUGGAGGACAGAGAGGGGCAACUGCUCAACGUCACGGCCGAGCUGCGGGAGAAGACGGAGGAGAUGCAGCAGGAGAGGAGGGCCGCCGGCGAGAGGACGAGGCGGCUGGAGGAGAAGCUGGACAACAUGAUACAGGAGAAGAACUACAGCGACACGCACAACAUCCAAAUGAUGAUGGAGGCUCAAAACAGACGCAUCGACGAUUUACUGGGACGCAUCGGACUCCAACAGGAGAAACUCGACAAGCAGAACGUGCGCAUUAAAACCCUGCAAAGUCAGGUCCAGCAGUCAAGGCAGAAAGCGUUCCCGAAGAACACCGAUGGCUUCCCUUCAAGUGCCGCGUCCGAGCAACGCGACUCGCCAGUCGCCAUGGCGUCAGACUGCCACGAGCUCUUCCUGCGAGGCGAGACCGCCAGCGGGGUGUACGCCAUCCAGCCGCACGGCAGCCAGCCUUUCGAAGUCUUCUGCGAGAUGACAGCUGAUGGCGGAUGGACCGUGAUUCAAAGGCGCCAAGAUGGCUCUGUGGAUUUUGACCAGCUGUGGCACGCCUACGAGCAAGGCUUUGGCGCCCUGAAUGGAGAGUUCUGGUUGGGACUGGACAAGAUCCACUCCAUAGCCAAAAACGGCGGCUACAUUCUGAACAUCCAGAUGUCCGACUGGGGGAACGAUUUGGCGUCCGUCCGACUCCCCUUCCGACUGGGCGGCGUGGAGUCCAAGUACGCUCUACACAUUCAGGAGACCGACACAUUCAGUCCUUUGGAACGCUCCUUGGGCUCCGACGCCACUUCUGGCCUACCUUUCUCCACCCGAGACCAAGACAACGACCAGAAAAAGGACGCCAACUGCGCCGGGCAUCUCUCCGGUGGCUGGUGGUUCAGCAACUGCGGUCAGUCCAAUCUCAACGGCCGAUACUUCCAGAGCCCGCCGCCCAAACAGAGGCACCAGAGGAAACAGGGAAUCUUCUGGAAGACCUGGAGGGGCCGCUACUACCCGCUCAAGUCCAGCACCAUGAUGAUCGCCCCCGCCGUGAUAGAGAGCAGGUCUUAA